GCAUGAUACCUCCAGCAGCAAUGCUGACUGAAGAUGCUGUGCAUUUGCGACUCGUUUCAUCAGCUCCGUAGUCCUCAAACAGAUCUCACUCCGUUAGAGAUCCUUCUGAUUCACACUUGAAAUUGUCCUGCGCCUGCUUUUGGGAUAAUUAUGUCGCUGUCACAUAAAACAUCUGUGUGGGCAGCGUUUUACAUCCUCUGAACACCUACAGGAAACUUCCGAUGAGCCCAUGCAUAGACACAAACGGGAACUUCUGACGGCAGAGAUUAUCAGACUGUCUCAUGGAGAGGAAGGCACAUUACGAUUCGAUCCUGGACCGAAGCAAACGCAUUGUGUGGCAGGACGACUGCUACGUGGAUCUUCAGUCCACGUCCGGCUCCGUCUCUUCACAAGCAGACACAGAGGAGGUUGGCUGGAUCCAAAAGCAUCAAGAGCAGCUACGUCGCUUCAUAACAGCCUCCUUCCUGGAAGGGCUGUUGAACCACCUGAGAAAGAUGGAUGUGCUGAGCUCAUCUGAGGAGAUCAAGAUCAAGGAAGCGGGCAGACUUCAGGACCAGGUUAACAUGCUCACGACUAUUGUCACUGGCAAGGACACUCAAGGGUCUGAUGUCCUCCGUGGCUUCAUAGAGAGCUCAGACUCUCAGGUGGCCCAGCUCAUCAUAAACCAUGACUCCAUGGUGAAGGAGCACAAAGAAGCGCUGUUGCGUCGAUAUGAGCAGUACAGAGACAGAGAUUCGGUCAGCUGCCCGAAACUGAACAUCCCCUCCAGAUCCUUGCUCAUGGUCGACGGACUCUCUGACCUCCAACAAAAGGAACAUGACUUAAUGCAAGUGGGGGUGACUCGAGGAAGGAAAAGAAAUCAUCUCCGACAGCUGGGGCUGCCCAAACUCUUGGAGCCCCUGACUCGGGUCAGUUUACCUCCCAGGGUCUCCCUCACAGUAGGCGUGGCUGGUAUUGGCAAGACUACCUGGGUCCGACACUUCGUCAGACAGUGGAGCCAGGGGGGAAUCUGUGCAGAUGUGAGCUUCGUCUUGCCUUUCACUUUUUCUGAGCUGAACUCACUGGAGAAACUUUCUGCAGAGAGGCUGGUGAAGAUGGCUUUUCCUCAUUUAACAGAUCCCAGUGUGGUCCUGGGCAGCUCCUGUCGCACACUGCUCAUACUUGAUGGUCUGGACGAAUUCCGCUGCGCUUUAAACUUCUCCGAUGCAGUGCCAUGCAAUGACCCGAAGAAAGAAAUGUCCAUUGAUGACCUAGUUACUAACAUCAUCCGAGGGAAUCUGCUCCCUGAUGUAGCAGUGUGGGUGACUGCCAGGCCAGGAGUGGCCUCUCUCAUCCCCGGAGGUUUGGUUGACAGAGUCACUGAGAUCCCAGGAUUCAGCCCGAAGGACAUCCAGAUCUUCCUAAACCACCACUUCUCAGAGAGGGAUUUUGCCAGUAAAAUAUGGGCACACUUGGAGUCCAACAAUAUCCUAAUGGUGAUGUGCUACAUACCGUGCAUUUGCUGGAUAGUAGCUGAUACUCUGAUGUACAUAAUGCAGAGUGGAACGCAGGAGAGCCUUCCGAGGACUUGUACUGAGCUGUAUGCUCACUUUUGCUCCAUGAAGGCAGAAGUAGGAGAACCAAGAGGCAGGGAGCCUGUGAAAAUGGAGCAGCUCCAUGGGACCAAUCGCAAACUGCUGGGGAAUCUUGGACGACUGGCGUUUUAUGGGCUCCUCAAACACAAGUACACCUUCAGCGAGCAGGACCUAAGGGCCUAUGGGAUAGAUCUCCUGUUAACUCAGUGCAGUCUUGGUGCUGGAGUUCUUGUUCGGGACGAGUCACCAAUUUCUACAACAUACCGGUUCACUCAUUUGACUCUACAGGAGUUUCUUGCUGCUACUUUCUACCAUGGCUCCUCCAAGCGGGCCAUCUUUGACUUAUUCUCAGAGAGCACAAUGUCUUGGCCCAAGAUUGGUUUCCAGAACCACUUCAAAAGUGCCUUUCAGCACUCGCAACAAGCUGAAGAUGGUCACUUGGAUGUAUUUGUGCGCUUCCUGACAGGCCUGCUGUCCUCAGUGGCACUGAAACCUCUUGCUGGAAUCCUGGCGCUUGGGAAAGAAGAUGGCAAUCUGAAGGCAUGGGCAGCAGGGUUCUUGCAAGGUCUCCUGGUCAGUGGGGGUGCUGUUGUGUCCCUGCGUGCAGUCAACCUGGCGUAUUGUUUACAGGAGCUGCAACACACAGAGCUGUUGCGGAGCGUUGAGGAAGAUUUACAGCUUGGUAGCCUAGCAGGGAAGCUGACGCGGGCUCACUGUGUCGUGCUGGGCUACCUGCUGCAUGUGUCUCCAGACUGCAGUGAACAGACCAACUUAACAGGCUCUCUGAACUACUCAACAGUGAAAUGUUUGCUUCCGCAGCUGCUGUACUGCAGCCAUCUCAGGUUAGAGAAUAAUCACUUCAAAGACGAUGUCAUGGAAUUGCUGGGAAGCCUCCUCAGCGCCAAAGACUGCCAUAUCCAGAAGAUGAGUUUGGCGGAGAAUUCCAUCAGCAACAAAGGCGCCAAGGCCCUGAGUCGAGCCCUCUUGGUGAACCGGACGCUAACCUCUCUUAAUCUCCGGAACAACAACAUUGGCUCUAAAGGUGCGAAGUUCUUGGCAGAGGCUCUGAAAAUGAACCAAGUCCUCGUGUCAAUUAACUUCCAGAACAAUGCCAUUGAGGAGGAAGGUGCUCAGGCCCUUGCAGAGGUACUGCUGUGCAACCGCAAACUGGUGUCUCUGAAUAUACAGAAGAACACGAUUGGAGCAGGAGGAGCCAAAAGGAUUGCAGAUGCACUGAAGACAAACCGGACUCUCACAAAGCUGAUUCUUUGUAGCAACCAGCUUGGGGACAAAGGAACCGUCGCUCUGGCAGAGGCUUUGACAGUCAACCACACUCUGCUCUCGCUUCAACUUCAGAGUAACUCAAUCAGCAACAGAGGGAUGACGGCCUUGACCAAAGCACUCAGGCUGAACCGGGGUCUCGUCUCCUUGAAUUUAAGGGAGAACUCAAUCGGUGUGGAGGGAGCAAAGAACAUGGCCCACGCUCUGCAUGAGAACAACUCUCUACAAAACCUUGAUCUCACAGCCAACCUGCUACACGAUGAAGGAGUUCAAGCCAUAGCCGGAGCAAUUAAGUUCAAUCAAGGCCUCACAUCUUUGCACCUCCAGUGGAAUUUCAUCAAGUCCUCUGCCACCAAAGCUCUGGCCCACGCUCUCCUCUCGAACUCCACGAUGCAGCUCUUGGACCUGCAGGAGAAUGCUAUCGGGAAUGAAGGAGUCGUUUUUCUUGCUGAAGCCCUGAAAACCAACGCUUCUCUACGUACUUUAUGCCUCCAGGGCGUCUCAGCGGGAACAAGUGGCGCCAUUGCUAUGGCAAAGGCUCUUCUGACAAACCAAACCCUGCAAACAUUAGAUCUACGUGGGAACGCUGUCGGGAUGGAGGGAGCCAAGGCUCUGGCUAAUGCGCUGAAAAGCAACAGAAGCCUGAAGUCGUUGAAUCUGCAGGAGAACUCUCUGGGGAUGGACGGAGCCAUAUUCAUUGCAACUGCCCUGAAGGGAAACCACCAGCUGACGUACAUCAAUUUGCAGGGAAAUGGCGUUGGAGAAUCUGGAGCAAAAGUCAUAUCUGAUGCGAUAAGAGCCAACGCGCCGGGCUGUGUGGUCGACAUCUGAAUGAGAAAAGAUCGGCUGCGGCUGAGGAAGGUUAUCAGAGGAUGGUGUAAAAUAUGUAAUAUAGUUAGCUGUAUUUUUGUACUUGAAUGUCACUCUGUAACUGUAAUUUAAGAUAAAUGUAUAUUUAUUAUGACAUUAUCAUCAUUGGAGUAUCAGCUGCCAUCCAAUGGAUAGAAAAAGAGACGUGUCUCAAAUGAGGAUACAUCCUAAUUUAGACUUCCUGUCAUUCUGUACAGUCGCUCUAUUUGCACAUAUAAAUCUGUUGUAAUAAAAAUAAUAAUAGAAAUC